AUGAUUUCGAGUGUUUUACACGUUUUAAGUAUACUUUUCAUCCAUGACCUGAAUAAAAGUCCACGUAAUAUGGUAGAAACUGCACUGCAUAUUGGUCCAUUGGGAAGAAGCUCACUUUUCGAUACUGGAGAUGUAGAGCAAAUUCCUGAUGGUAAAACAGUAGAUGUCAACCAAGAAGAUAUUAACGCGUUUGUAUCAAGUACUGGUCAAACAGUUAAAUUGAAGAAGAAGUCUGCGAAAUUAGCGACUGAAAAUAUAAGUCUAUACGCCAAUUCGGAUACUCUCUGGAGAUCAGACGAUACGUAUGGUAUCAAUAUCAACUAUUUGCUAGAUAAGAUCGAUGCAUCUAGUGAAGACUACUCUAAUACACACAGAUACUCUACGAGGACCAAAAAAAUUAGUAAUGACACAUUAUGGGUAGAGAAAUGGCGUCCCAAAAAAUUUCUGGAUUUAGUUGGUAAUGAAAAAACUAAUAGGAGGAUACUGGGUUGGUUAAGACAAUGGACACCAGCUGUAUUUAAAGAACAUUUGCCAAAAUUGCCCACUGAAAAUGAGGAGAAUGAUAUGGAACUGGAUCCAUUGAAAAGGCCGAAAAAAAAGAUUCUGUUAUUGCAUGGUCCACCAGGAAUAGGCAAAACCUCAGUGGCGCAUGUUAUUGCCAAACAGUCAGGAUUUUCUGUUUCAGAAAUAAAUGCGAGUGAUGAAAGGGCUGGCCCUAUGGUGAAAGAGAAAAUCAAUAAUCUUUUAUUCAAUCAUACUUUUGAUACUAAUCCUGUAUGCUUAGUAGCUGAUGAGAUUGAUGGGAGUAUGGAAAGUGGGUUUAUUAGAAUAUUAAUUAACAUUAUCCAAAACGACAGUAAAGCCACUAGCAAGCUAUUAUUUGGUCAGCCAGACAAGAAGGACAAAAACCACAAAAGAAAAAGGGCACUGCUCACACGACCUAUUAUUUGUAUUUGCAAUAAUUUAUAUGCUCCUUCUUUGGAAAAGCUAAAGCCAUUUUGUGAAAUUGUUGCUGUGAAAAGACCCUCUGAUACUACCCUACAAGAACGACUAAACUUUAUCUGCCACAAAGAAGACAUGCAUAUUCCUAUAAAAACAAUCAACGAUUUAAUUGAUUUGGCCCAAGGUGAUGUAAGGAACUGUAUAAACAACUUACAAUUCUUAGCCUCAAGUAGUGAUUCAAGAAUAUUUAACGCUUCAAAUAAAUCAAGUUGUAGCAAGGAUACAUGGGCGUCAUCUAACAAAGAUUCUCCAAUCUCUUGGUUCAAAAUCGUGAAUCAAUUAUUUAGGAAAGACCCCCAUCGUGAUAUCAAGGAUCAGUUUUACGAGUUACUUCAUCAAGUGGAACUUAGUGGUAACCCAGAUAAGAUAUUGCAAGGCUGUUUCAACACAUUUCCUCACGUAAAGUAUUCUGACAGUGGUAUUAGAAAACCAGCAAAUAUUUCAGAUUGGUUAUUCUUUCAUGACUUAAUGUACCAAUCAAUGUACGCGCAUAAUGGUGAGUUGUUACGCUACUCUGCUCUUGUCCCUUUAGUAUUUUUUCAAACAUUUGGUGAUAUUGCAAACAAAGAUGAUAUUAGGAUGAAGAAUAGCGAGUACGAACGAAGAGAAUUGAGACGAGCAAAUUUGGAUGUCGUCGAUCUAAUUAUGAGACAUAUUUCGGUACAGUCGCCAUUGAUGGCUAGUUUUACCAAUAGAAAGUCGUUAAUCUUUGAAAUACUACCAUAUUUGGAGUCAAUGAUUUCUUCUGAUUUUAAUAAAAUAAAGAAUUUAAAACUCAAACAAGUCAUUAUGGAGACAUUGGUGCAGUUGCUAAAAAGUUUUCAACUAAACCUGAUCCAAAAUCGGUCUGAAAUAUACGAUGCAAGAAGCGGUCUAGUAAUCGAUCCACCAAUCGAAGAAGUUGUGUUGCUAAACCCAAAACAUAUCAGCGAAGUCCAACAAAAAGGGCCCAACAAUUUGAGUUCACUACUAGCAAAAAUCGAAGAAAAUAAGGCCAAGAAGAGGCAUAUAGAUCAAGUAACUAGGGAUAGACUGCAAUCGCAGGAAAUUCAUACCAAGAAGGCCAAAACGGCGUUGACUUCUUCCUCAAGCACCAUAGAUUUUUUUAAAAAUCAGUAUGGACUAUUAAAGCAAAACCAGGAAUCAUUUGGGACACAAAAAAGUACAGUAUCAGACGAACCUGAUCAGGUGGAUGAUAGCACUCAAAAGAUUAAAAUAUGGGUUAAAUACAAUGAAGGUUUCUCCAAUGCUGUCAGAAAGAAUGUGACUUGGAAUAACCUAUGGGAAUAA